AUGUGUAAAUUUGUUGGAAUUUGUAGUAUUUCGUAAUAGAUAAAAACAAAUUCACGUCGUUCGAUCUUUAUUAAAGAUAUAUAAAUUUGCGUGAGUAGUAUUGGGAUAGAUAUUCACGCGAUUCGUCUCGAAUAUCUCGUAUUGAUCAUACUGAUUUGUUUUCAAAGAUAUGAAACAAACUUGUUUAUUAUGAAAGACGAGAAGAGAUAUACUGUUCUCCUCUUUCGUGCAUAAAAUUAAUAUUAUUUUAAUACGUACAUAAAUAUGUAUACGAGUUAAUGGUAUUUUACUAUGUAUUUAGUAUUUUUAUAGACAACUGAUUAACGGAACAAAAAACAGUCCUUAUUAUGAUUCUCUUUAUAUUAAACAACUUUUAUUAAAUAUUUUCACAUCUUCAAAAACAACGGAGAAAUUCUGUGUAAUUUAGCAUCGCUUUAGUAAUUUAUAACGAAUUGUAUUUUUCCGAUUUCAUGUCGGAUUUUUCUAAAAAUUAUUUUGUCUCGUUUCCGUUUAUAUUUUAAUUUCUCUGAUGCUGGAAGCAUGUCAACGUUCUUUUUUUUUUUGUUUUUAAAUAUCGACAGGUAUUUUGAUCAAAGCGUCUGUCAACGACGACAGAAGCAGCAAGAAAACGGAAACGAAAAUUCAGAGGGACUUGAAAGAGUUGAUCGAUCGGCACGUGUCGAUCUUUGGAUCGUCAACGACUACGGAACAACACGGUGGAAACAACAAUCCGUUGCAGAAUUUCUUUGUCGACGAGAUGAAUCUGACCAAGAGGACGUUGGAUCUUAUUCGCGGUGACGUGGGAACCUCGCGCCUCGAGGACGCUAAGACUCCCACACGCUGGAUGGUGAACUGGAGAUAUGGACCGAAGGAAGCUCUCUCUUUUGUUAAAGGAUUAUUGUCCAGGUACCAAGCUCUGGAAUCCAUCUUGACCAUCUCCUCGUCUGUGGUUGACAUGUCGCGGCUGGCAAGGCCACGAGCCUUUCUGACCGUUCUCAAGCAACACACCGCGCGAGAAACGCGCCAACCCAUGGAGAAUCUUCGACUUUGCGUGAACUGGCUCGAGAAUCGAAGAAACGACGAUUGGAAGAUAUCGUUGAUCAUCGAAGGUCUACUGAUAUCUGGAGCUCUGAUAGAAGAUGGCGGCCUGAAGGAUCUCGAUGCAAAUGCAGCGUCCGUUGCGACCGCGCCCAGCUGUCAGAUUGCAUUCUUACCAGAGAAUUACAACGACGACCAAGCAAGAAACAAAACGUUGAGUGAUUGUCUGGAAAAUAGAAAUUCGGACGAUAUUCUCAACGUCCCGGUUUACGCGAAUUCGCAAAGAGAUGCGUUAAUCUGCUCACUUCCGGUUGGAUGUCCCAGAGAGGAUCACGACGACUGGCUACGACGAGGGGUCGCUUUUCACCUAAAAUUAAUUUAG